AUGACACUCAAAUUGCUUAUGAAUUCGACAUGGGGAUAUUCCAUUAAGAAACCUCAAGAGAUGAAGAGUAAACAUUAUGAGAAGGUCGACAACUUUGUUGAAAGGUUUUCUCCUUUUGUUUUGAAGUACGAAUUCACUCAAGGUCAAAGUGGCUUAGUAACCACAUUAAAACCUAUUGUCGAACAUUGGUCUUACCCUCAGUUCGCAAAGGCAGUCCUUGACAACUACAACAAAUUCUUCUCCGAAGUCAAAUCCAAAGUGAAGGUUUACUAUGAGAACAUUGACGCACUCAUGACGAACGAAGAAGGAUACAACAAACUCAUUGAAAUGGGAAUGGUCGGUGAAAAGAUGGGCUGUUUUAAGCUAGAUAAGGUAUUUUCCGAAGUUCAUGUCCUCUCCAAGCGUAAGUCCUGGGGCAUACUUGAAGACGGCACAGAAAUAAAACAUUGCAUGAAAUAA